UUGUUGACUGCGAGCCGGCGGAGCGCCCGGUGCCGCGAGUGAGGCCCGCGCGUCUAGCGAGACAAUGAGCUCGCCGUGACCUUGCGGCGCGGGGGGGCGGUGACGCCAUCGCCCGGCGCGCCGGCUUUCGGGUGCGAUCCUUCGACCACGGCACCGCGUAAUCGGCGGUCAGCGUGAAUUCGGCGUUUCGGUCGAAUCGAAAAUACCAUAGCACGGGAGUGGGCGGCGCCGCGACGCCGGGACUCGCUCAUUCCGCGCAGCGCCGCCAGCGCCGACGCGUCCGAACGACCGACCGACCGCCGCCGAGCGACGAGACAUGCGCGCGCGCAGACAUGGGCAACGUGCAGUGCUGCGCCAGCGGACGCUUCCACCGCGACAAGAUACCCACCAAGACUAACAAGAAGAACAAGAAGCAGGCCAAGUUGAAGCAGACUAGUGAUAAGACGAACAGUGUUGGUGGUGGUAAGGACGAGAGUGUGCAGAAAGUGGCCAUCGUGGCGGAGGAGGCGCAGGGCGCGGGGGGCGCGGGGGACGGGGCGCGCGCCCCCGAGCCCCCGGCCGGGGACCCACCAGGGGCUGAAGCCACGGAGACUGACGGCCGACCACGGAACGAGAGCAUAUCGGCUGCGCGGGAAAGAUUCUUCAAUGGGCAACAGGUACGUUCCGAGGAGUCUCUUCUUGCGCCUGAAAAGACAACGAAGAUUGCACGAUGGAUCCCAGACUUUCAUCAGGAUGGCAACAACAGCUUGAAACAAAACGGCAGUGCCAUCAUGGAGAAUCUCAAAAAGAACAGUCUUCUGUCAAGACAAAAUCAAACACAAGUGACGAGCUCAUCAACACAACAGAUGGUGUCGAGUACGACGUCCAGUAGCGCGCAGGCCUCGAGCCAGCGCGUGCAGAGCUCGUCGCAACGGCUGCAGCACAUGGCCACCUCCGAGAUGAAGGCCAGCUCCAUGAAGUCAGACCUCACGGAGCUCAAGAGCAGCAUCUCCGAGAUGAAGACUGCACUCAACUUCGGACAAAGACUGAGGAGUUCGAUGGAGAACAUAGUGGACCAGGACGAGUUGGGGGAGCGGCACCUGCCGGACAUCCACGACCUGAGCGAGAUGAGCGACAUGGGCGACAUGAGCGACAUGGGGGAGCUGGGCGGGGAGGGUCCCGUAGUCACCUUCCCGCCGAGCGAGUCGGAUACGCCGCCGCCGAUGAGCGAGCGGCCGCUGCUGUCUGCCAGCGCGGGUUCCGUCGGGUCGAGUUCGGCUAAUGAGUUGAAGUACAGCGCGGCGCGGGUGACGUCGGCGAGCUCGACGCGGGUGGUGGCGGACGGGUUCAGCGCGUCCAGCUCGGCGGCCAACAGCGCGCGCAUGCGGCGCCUGCAACACGGCGACGUGCAGUACUCGGAGCGCUCCGCCGCCGGCUCCUCGCACCGCCUGCUGCAGGCCGAGGGCUUGACCGCGGAGAAGAACGCCGCGUUCCUACAAGAGCAGCGUUCGUUGAAGGCUGGUGAAGUGACGGCACAAGAAGCGAACAACAUGUCGGCUUCAAGUUCAAGGCUGCAGACGGAGGCUUUCAGUGCGGAGAAGAAGGCGAUGGCGACGGCGCAGGCGCGGCAGACCGUCACCUCGUCGGGCAUGUUCAGUCACAAGGAACACUCCAGCGUCGCUCACUCCAACAUGACCAUCUCAAGCAAGAACAUGUCCAGCAAAUCCACUAUGCUUUCAUCACAGAUGAGCCAAAUGCUGAAUGGCACUGUUAAGCCUGGUGAUGAAGACCUAACCAAUUUGACCUUUGAAGACUUGGACAGACUGGAUUCGAAUUCAAAUCAAAAAGAUGUUGAGACAGCUAUUCAAAAAUAUUCCACACGCAUGGACGCUUUCAUCAGAUCUAUCAAAAAUAAUCAAAUAGACAUGAAAAGUGCAUCUGGACAAUUUAACAAAUUAAAUGACAUGAUAAGAAAGGCAUGGGCUGUACAAACAUACGGACAUGAGCUGGGAUAUUCUUUGUGCAAUGCGUUACGAACAUCUGGGGGACUCGACAUCCUGAUGUCGAAUUGUUUACUGACGAGCAACCCAGAGUUACAGUUCUCAUCAGCCAAAUUAUUGGAACAGUGCCUAACUACUGAAAACAGAGACUAUGUAGUUAAAAACGGAUUAGAAAAGGUCGUUAAUGUUGCCUGUGUUUGCACUAAGCACGCAAAUUCAGUGGACCAUUCGAGAAUUGGAACUGGGAUUUUAGAACACCUUUUCAAGCAUAGCGAAGGAACAUGCAGCGAUGUAAUAAAACUGGGUGGCUUGGAUGCAGUAUUAUUCGAAUGUAGAAAAAAUGACGUCGAAACAUUAAGGCACUGUGCCACAGCCUUAGCUAACCUCUCGCUUUAUGGUGGAGCUGAAAAUCAAGAAGCCAUGAUCAAGAGAAAAGUGCCCAUGUGGUUGUUCCCUCUAGCGUUUCACAAUGACGACAACAUCAAGUAUUAUGCAUGCUUAGCUAUUGCUGCUUUGGUAGCAAAUAAGGAAAUAGAAGCUGCAGUUCUAAAAUCUGGAACCUUGGAUUUGGUUGAACCUUUUGUAACAACGCAUAAUCCAUCCGAAUUUGCCAGAUCCAAUCUUGCUCAUGCUCACGGCCAAAGUAAAAACUGGCUCAAAAAACUUGUCCCAGUAUUGAGCUCAAAAAGAGAGGAAGCCAGAAAUUUAGCCGCCUUCCAUUUCUGUAUGGAAGCCGGGAUCAAACAACAGCAAGGAAAUACUGAAAUAUUCAAAGAAAUAGGAGCUAUCGAAUCAUUGAAGAAAGUAGCCAGUUGUCCAAACGCAGUAGCAUCUAAAUAUGCCGCACAAGCUUUAAGACUUAUCGGUGAAGAGGUCCCCCACAAGCUGUCUCAGCAAGUGCCCCUUUGGUCCAUAGAGGACGUUCGAGAAUGGGUGAAACAAAUAGGCUUCUCGGAAUAUGCGAAUAAUUUUGUUGACAGUCGGGUAGACGGUGACUUAUUACUACAGCUAACAGAAGAGAACCUCAAGGAAGAUAUUGGAUUACAAAAUGGAAUCAAAAGGAAAAGAUUCACGAGGGAGUUACAGCAGUUAAAGAAAAUGGCAGAUUACAGUUCCAGAGAUACGAGCAGUCUCAACGAAUUCCUACAGGCUAUCGGCCCUGAGUACACAAUCUACACGUAUUCUAUGCUGAAUGGCGGCGUCGACAAGGAGUCCUUCCGAGGCCUCAGUGACGAGCAGUUGGAGAAGGAAUGCCGUAUCGUCAACAGCAUACAUCGGUUAAGAAUUUUAAGCGCUAUCAGAGCUUACGAAAGUAAUCUGCCAAGCAAAGGAGAGGAAAACAUGGAGAAGAACUUGGACGUGUUCGUUAGUUACCGAAGAUCAAAUGGAUCUCAAUUAGCAAGUCUACUGAAAGUCCACCUGCAACUGAAAGGCUUCAGUGUCUUCAUCGAUGUAGAAAGACUGGAAGCCGGAAAGUUCGACAACAACCUUCUGCAGAGCAUUCGACAGGCAAAACAUUUCUUGCUUGUUUGCACACCGUCAGCGCUGGAUCGGUGUAAGCACGAUGUCGACCAAAAGGAUUGGGUUCACCGGGAAAUAGUAGCAGCGUUGAAUUCGCAGUGCAACAUCGUCCCUAUCCUCGACAACUUUGACUGGCCCGAACCGGAGGAACUUCCUGAAGACAUGAGGGCCGUCUGCCAUUUCAACGGAGUCCGUUGGAUUCACGACUACCAAGAUGCUUGCGUUGAGAAACUAGAAAGCUUUCUCCGCGGCAACAAGUCGAACAUAGCCAACAAGUUGGACAGCACGCUCCGCGGGCGGGGGGACGUGCAGACGCCCAGCACCGCCACCAUCGGGCGUGGGCCCCCGAGCUACACGCGCAUGGCUUCGUGCGAGAGCCGGGGCAGCGAUAAGGCGGAUUGACUAGAGCUGCCUACACACUCGUUGCCGCCUGUCAGACCACGUCGACGCCAUCAAUCGUCCCUUGAAAAGCUUACGUCUAGAAAUUAUGUUAGUUGCGACCAGCUUACUAGUGCCAGCACUUCGAAAACGACCUCUCCCGAGAAGUCACUACACAGCUUGCUGGAACGACUUGCGGAGAGCAGUGAGCACAUACCGCAAGGGUCUCAGGAGUUGGACAAGCACUCUCGCAGAUGCCGCAGCUGCGAAGGCAUUUUAGAAGCUGAUGAAAGCGAGCACGCACCCUUAGAUGCCGCCACCCAGACCAAGAGGAAGAAAAAUUUCAUGGACAGAUGUGUGAAUAAAGUAAGACUUUGUUGAACGAUGGUGAAGACUGUUCGGAAGUGCCUGCAGGGUGUGUUAGGAACCCGACUACCUAAUUGGACUUUUUUUUAUUGCAUAUUCUGUGAAUCUUAUUGUAAAGUACAAAAGUGUGCACCAUUGUGUAAAUAUAAGAGUAGGUAUGUUUACAAUUUUAUUUUUAAAAACGAAAUACGUAUUGUGGAGUUAUUACACAAUAACAAUUGAAUAUUUACAAAAUGUAAUCUCAAUGAGUACAUGUGAAAGUUUUAGCGAUGGAUAAAGAGACAAGUAGUCGCCACCCUGUCAUGUUUCAAGAACAUAGCAUUGAGGUGGUGACGCGCUGAAUAAGCAUUUUUGCUAUUCGUUGUAGUAUGGCAAAUUGCUUUGUAUUUCAUACUUUUGCAAUAAUUAUUAUGAAAUUAUUUAUCUCUCUACUUCUUCACUCUCUAUCUGAAUAUAUUAUGGAAAAAAUAUUGUAUGUAGUUAGGUACCCAUUUAAAUUCUUGAUUACUAUCUUGCCAAUGAAUUAUGUAUUUUAGAAAAACAAACAAGUUGCAUUGUGAUACCCUAGAUCUUUUAGUUACAAUCAGUUCUAUUAUAGUGCUUUUUAGCUUUGAGACAAUGUUAUAUUUGUUGCUUUUACCGAAUUUAUUAUUUCAAGCAGAUUUUACGUUGAAAAUUUAUAUGUACAAAAUAAUUGUCUAGAAUGUAUUUAAUUAUAAAAUUAAGUAGUCAUUCAUAGGUAUGUGUUAACCAUAGAAUAAAAUCUUUAUCCUGAUAAAAUGUAUUUAAGAACUGGCUAACCCUGAAUAAAUGUUUAGAAAAA